AUGCGCGGAGUCAGCGUACUCGCCUCCUGGGCCCCCGGGGUCAGCGCGAGGCCAAUUGGUCUGUCCCGGGGAAGGCCAGUGAGGGAUGUCUUUCCCGGAGCACGGUAUCCUAUAUUUGCGCCUGGUACUCACGGCGUCUUGCGCCGACCCUUCUCUGCGAAUGCCCGCUCAGCCCGUACUGGCAAUGAACUUGGAAUCUGGGGUCUAGUGUCCAAGAACAACCCCCGAUUUGGCGUCCUCCAACCUCGUAUCUUCGGUGCGACCCGGCCUUUCUCCUCGACACAACGGAAAUUAGAAGCGAAACCCCCGGUACCCCCGGCCAAUGCACCAAAGGCGAAUCCUGCAGUCCCUGAGGGCAAGGAACCCGAGGGGGUAGACCAUGGAUUCGAACUAUCUGAAAGGGCAGCACAGGCUGCGCAGGUCAACCUCCGUGCGAAACUUCACAAAGAUGGUGCUUCGGGAAAGAAAGCUGGUUUCAAGGAAAUUUGGAGACUUCUGCUUAUUGCGCGCCCCGAGGCAAAGAAGCUUUUCCUGGCCUUCACCUUUCUGUUGAUUUCUUCCGGUAUUACUAUGUCGAUUCCGUUUUCUAUUGGAAAGAUCAUGGAUGCGGCGACGAAGUCCGCCGGUGAAGGAGGUGCCCACGAACUCUUCGGUCUCAGCGUUCCCAUGUUUUACACUGCGUUGGCUGGAAUAAUGACCAUCGGUGCCGCGGCAAACUACGGGCGUAUAAUUAUUCUGCGCAUUGUUGGUGAACGUGUCGUCGCGCGGCUUCGGUCAAAGCUUUUCCGGCAGACUUUUAUCCAGGACGCCGAGUUCUUCGAUGCGAACCGAGUGGGAGAUUUGAUUUCUCGCCUCAGCUCCGACACUAUUAUCGUGGGAAAAAGUAUCACACAAAACCUGUCGGAUGGACUGCGCGCAGGCGUCAGCGGCGCGGCAGGGUUUGGUCUGAUGGCAUAUGUCAGCCUUAAACUGUCAAGUAUCCUGGCAUUGCUGCUCCCCCCGAUUGGCCUUGGUGCCUUCUUCUAUGGUCGCGCUAUCCGGAAUUUGAGCCGCAAGAUCCAGAGAAACUUAGGAGAUCUGACGAAGAUCGCCGAGGAGCGUCUAGGCAAUGUGAAAACCAGCCAGUCGUUCGCCGGGGAGGUCAUUGAGGUUAACCGGUACAACACUCAAGUGCGAAAAAUCUUCGAACUUGGAAAGAAGGAAUCUUUAAUUAGCGCGACAUUUUUCAGCUCCACUGGCUUCAUGGGCAACAUGACGAUCUUGGCACUCCUCUAUGUUGGGGGUGGCAUGGUUCAGUCUGGUGGCAUCAGCAUUGGAGAGUUAACGUCGUUCCUCAUGUACACGGCCUAUGCAGGUUCCAGCAUGUUCGGGCUGUCCAGCUUCUACUCUGAGCUGAUGAAGGGUGUUGGUGCCGCUAGCCGUCUUUUCGAAUUACAGGAUCGCAAGCCGACGAUAUCACCCACAAAGGGUAAUAAGGUCAUCUCUGCCCGUGGUCCCAUCCGGUUUGAAAACGUAUCUUUCAGUUAUCCCACACGGCCUGCUGUCCCCAUCUUCAAGGAUUUGAACUUUGAGAUCCCCCAGGGAACCAAUGUUGCCAUCGUUGGACCUUCUGGUGGCGGCAAAUCGACCAUCGCUUCGUUGUUGCUUCGGUUCUACAACCCUACUGGGGGCAAAAUUCUCAUCGAUGGAAAGGACAUCAGUGCAAUGAACGCAAAGUCUCUCCGCAGAAAGAUUGGCGUGGUCUCCCAAGAGCCGGUUCUUUUCUCCGGUACUAUAGCUGAGAACAUCUCAUACGGAAGUCCGCAGGCGACGAGAUCUGAGAUUAUUGCCGCAGCUCGCAAGGCAAACUGUCAGUUCAUCAGUGACUUUCCGGAUGGCUUGGAUACUCAAGUGGGUCCUCGAGGCGCUCAGCUUUCUGGUGGACAGAAGCAGCGUAUCGCGAUUGCGCGGGCCCUGAUCAAGGAUCCUGAUAUCCUCAUUCUCGACGAGGCCACGUCUGCCCUUGAUGCCGAGUCUGAAACUCUUGUGAACAGCGCCCUUGCGGCUCUCCUACGUGGCAACAAUACAACGAUCAGUAUCGCCCACCGUCUUUCUACAAUUAAGCGGUCUGACACAAUUGUUGUUCUUGGGCCCGAUGGCAAGGUAGCCGAGCAAGGCUCGUAUGAAGAGCUUAGUGCUCGGCCGGAUGGUGCCUUCACGAAAUUGAUGGAGUGGCAGAUGAGUGGUGGUGAUGUGUCGCAGCCACCAAGUGCUGCUCCCAUCAGCCCAGAGACGGAAGAAAAGCUCUGGCAGAUGGAGCAAGAGGAGUCCAUGGAAGAGGAUGUCGAUGCUGAUGAGUCUCAGGACGAGGAACUGCAAAAGAAGCGGUGA